UCGAGCUGCACAUGCUUGAUCUUUUUAAGAAUUUAAAAAGUGAAAAAUGUCUAGACACUGAUCUAAACUAAAGUAAACUAGUGUUGGUGACAAGUACUAGGCCUCGAAAAGCGAGUUUUAUUUAAGUGUCACUGCGUGGAUUACGUCGGAUUUGAGAAAAAUCGAAGCAACGAGUGUUUAAGAAUUUCAAUUUCUGUCGUCAUUUUCAUGGAAUAGCAGUGCCAGUGUCUUAUGCGAUUUUUAAAGUAACCACGAAAUGGACAACUCCAGCAAACAGGUCAUCAUGGGUCCACCGGCGCCAAUGACCACAACUUCCAAUCAAUCGAAGCCCGGUAAUCCCACCAGCGCCCCUCCUCCACACGCCACCAAAAGUGCUGCAGCUCCGCCCAAGCGGAUAAUUAAGAAGAUUCAGCUGGAUUUCAACAAGCUCAAGGAGGCUGGACUCGACAGGCAGCUGGCCGAGGUGCUCAGGAAGCAGAAGCUGGAUGCCAAGAGGGUGGACGCACCGUCGUCCACCAGUCUUUCCACCUCUGCCGCAGCGCAGUCGACGCCAGCUGCGCCAGAGAGCAAAUUACAGUCACCACAACAACAAUUGCGUCAGCCUGCACCUCAGCCUUUAGUAAAGCGUUUUAUGAUCUCGGAACACAUCGAGAAGAUAGUACCCAUCCAGACGACCCCAAAUCCAACGGAUGGUGACCGUUCCAAGCAAGUGAAGGCGCUAUUAAAGAACAGAAUACUAAACAAGAGCUUGGUCACGAAUACGCAGCCUCAGCAGAAGCCCACAACUUCCAAAGCAGCACCCAAGAUGACACCACCUGUUGGCCACGAUACAGCUGCUCGCAGUGGCGGGAUUUUCCCAGCUUCGGCAGCCUCUUCCGUGUCCAUUGCCAAGGCGGACUUGACUGUCCGGCAAAAGCAGCCGCCACUUUUGCUCAAUUUGGUAAAUCAGCUGCCCAAACAUCGAGCCAUGUGCGUAUCGAGUAACAGUCCGUUAGUGAACCCGCAUGGGCAUCAAGUUUCGCCAAGUCCACAGAGGAUUCCAGUACAGCAAACUCCGAAUGCUUUUAGCCAACCUCAUCCACCUUCAGAGGUUCCCAUAGCUCGAGCAGCUCCUGCGGUUCCCGCACAACUUCAUAGAAGCCCAACACCGCCGCUAAUUGUGCUGGAGCAUAAGGUGUUGGCACCCAACGAGAAGAUCGAUUUGAGUGGGCUUCGGCUGCCCAAUGCUACGGUGGAAGCUACUAGUUCUCCGGAUAGCGCUGCAACACCAAAUAUCCAGUCUAAAGUGAUCAAGGGCAAGGUUAUUAUGAGCGCCAAUAAGUUUAAGGUUUCACGGGAAAAACUGGCCGAGAUGGCCAAAGAGAUUCGUAAUCAGGCGGAUCAGGUGAAACAACCUCAAGCUAUGAAAACACUUAAUUCAAAGGAUGUUAUUUCCACAAUUGAUACUCCUUUCACUGUUAACACAAUACUUCAACCAAAACGAACGUCGCCCUUUUCAUCACCAACUCUGAAAGGAAAUAUCGCUCCCUUAUAUAAUCCAAAGCCAAAUAAAACAACAGACUUUUCAGCUGGCUCAAGUAUUCGUUUGAAUCCAUUACCUGUAGAAUCAACAAAACAAACUAUUGAAUCUAAUGAGUCUACUGAGGACACGGCAAUAGACUUUCCUACAUCAGUGCCUACAACACCUGGAAAUCGUUAUUCCUCUGAACCAAAUCAGAAUACUUCUAAUUCCAAGGAGCCUGAAUUCGUUUCCAAUUCAGAAACGGAAGGAGUCAAGGCAGUUGCAAACCCCCUUGAUUUUCCUGUAUAUAUUCCCUCAACUCCUGAGCCGACUACAGAGUCAAGCCCUCUCAAGUCCUUUAAUGAACCGAUCAAUUAUCCAGAGGUUAAUGCUCUUGGAUCAAGUACUCCUGUAUAUAUUCCUUUAACUUCGGAAACAGGUCAUUUAACAGCUAACCUCACAGAAUCGGACCUUGUUCAUUUGCCUGAACCAGAAAACAAAACUAAAGAUAUGCACGACUUGGUUCCCUCUGUUCCUUCAACAUCCAAAUUGAAUAGGGAGCCAAACACAGAAAUAGAUGAUAUGCAUUUUCAAGCGGAUACAUCAGCAGUGAGUAAAGAACAAUCGAGUUCGUCUGCGGCCACAUCACCGGAGCUUAAAAUCCAAUCCGCUGUAGAUUUCAUAGCUCAACUGACCGCUGAAAAUCCGUUGGAUGAAAGCAGCUUUAUGGAUCUUUCACCGGAAGAGCAAAGAUUGAAUGCUCUAUUUGGAUUUGGAGGAUGCUCGUUUGAUAGCGCGUCGGUUCCGCAACCCGAGGAGGAGGAGCUCCCCAUCGGAAAGAUUGUUAAAAUGGACGAUAUGAACAUAUUGCAUGCUACCUUGGAUAUAAGCAGCGACAGUACAAAUGUACUGAGGAUUAGCCCGAACGCAGUUAAAAUGCAAAGCAGUGUAACAUCAUUGAAUACACCAUUGGUGGACUUAGAAGUGGGAGACUCAGCGCUGGAGGACUCUAAUAUACACAUUAACGAUUCAAACCCAGUAGAUACCACUGCAAGCGAAUUGCAGAAUGUGAACUCAUCGGUAGCCGAGACCCCAAUUCAAGAAGCCAAAGAUGAAACAACUGUUAUCACAAAUUUACCAGAAAAAUCUGACGAAAAAUCACAAGUGCCUUUGGAAGAGGUCAAGACAGCGUCAGAUCCAGAGCCCUUAAAGGAGGUCAAUCCGCCUGUGAAAAGGGCACCUAUCAGAUCCAAAAGAGCUAAAAUUAAUUUAGUGCAACGCACCAAAAGACCAAGCAUGCCAAAGCCAAUUGAAGUGAAGAAAGCCAAGUUAGAUUUUGAAGAGGAGGACGAGCAGGCGAUGGAUAUCGAUCACAGCCUGAUGGAGGAUCGAUAUGGAGUCGCUGGAAUCGAGGUAAAUGACAAUUCAGCUAGCAUAAGCUCAGACCAAAUAAAUCAUAAUUUAUCUAGUGUUAAAAACAAUCCAAAGGUGCCAGCAGAUGAGAAGCAAUGUGAAGAAGAAAUCAGCCCAGUUCAAGAUGAAGAUUCAGCGAAAAGCCAAGCCCAUGAGAACAAAGAUGAUGAGAGUGAAAUAAGUUACCAGAAAGAAGAUAAAAUUCAGUCGAAAUCAUCCUCAGAACGAGAUCUAACCCAGUUGUACCACCCACCCAAAAUGCCUAAGAACAAAUCUACACACAAGACCAGUAGUCAGGACACCUUUGAGGAUCCACAGCCCGCAUCGUCGAGCAGUAAUGUCUCCCUAAUUGAUGUCCUCUCACAGAAUCCACCUGCCCCACAGGGCGAGCCCCAGUUACCAUUUCGUAAGGACUUGAAGGAGUUAAAUACCAGUGCAGAUAGCUCAGUUGAUGCCAAAGGAAUACAGAAUUUAAUUGGCCACCUGACGGCCGAAAAGGUCGUGCCACAAACCAAGAAGCUAUCGCCAACUUCUAAAUCAGAAGAAGGAUCUAAAGCGCUGCCCCGCAAGAAGCUUGUUAAGACACGUCCCGUUCUCAGCAAGAGAUCCACAAAAGUUGGACAGAAAAAUCCGACGGAAAAGCCCGCGCAUUUUGAGUUUCUUCAUCCAGUUAGCGCGAAUGCGGGAAAUCGGGUUCCAACUUCCAGCACAAGUGAUGAUGAUGGCUCCAUAUUUCUGGGCUUCGAUGACAACGAAGGGAAACGCUCUAAGACUCCAGUGCGAAGCCAGCGAGUGAAACAAAUGAAGAUCAAUGAAACGGACAUCAGCGAUGACGCUACACCAGAUUACGAUGAGACCGAGGAGGAGCAGCCGUCUAUAGUGAUACAGCAACCAGUGAAGAGCUCUGCGGCAGAUUCUAAGUUUACUUUUGACCGUCACAAGGUUGUGGAAGCAUUUUCUGAUGAUUCCGAUAGCAGCGAUGCAGGUCCUUCUAGUCCAAUGGACUUUGGAGAUAACAUGUCGAUAGAUGAUGGCAGAACGAGUGAAGAAUGUUCAAAGGAGGAUGGAACUGCAUGGGCAAAGCUCGUUAAUGAAAAUGCGAAGCCUUCUGCCGAUGAAGUACUUUCCCCUUCGAAAUCCGCUAUUGAAGCAACUGUAGACUGUUCGAGAAUUGAUGAUCCACCCAAAACAGAUGGGAAUGCAAAUCCGUGUCAUCAUAGGGUAACAUCACCUUUCUGUGCUUCCAGCGAAAGUGAGUGUGUUACAGAUGAAAAACAGCCUGAACCUGUGAUAAAGGAAAAUGAAUCCAUAACUUUGGACAGAAAAUCCCAAAAGAACAGGAGAAAGCCAACCAAAUCAAUUUCAAUGGCCACAGAUGAACCUGUUGAAGAUAGUUCAACUGCUAGUCCUUUAAAAACACCAGGCUCCUCAGAAAAUGCUGACAUGCAACUCUUGGAAGAGGGUAAUGCAUCUGAUAAGCAAAAUGCACAUUUAAAAUCACCCGAAGCUUUGACAAAUCAGAAAAAUGCAAAAUUAAAGAAAAAUCUUGAAGAAGUAUAUCCUGAAAAACCAUUGUCAUCUUUAAGAUCUAGAGGAAAAAGAAAGUCUGGGAGUCAUAACAAAAAAUUGGAUGACCCUGAAGAACCUCCUGAAAACAUAAGUUGCACGAAGAAAGAAGAAGAAGCUACAGAGAAAGAUUUGGAAGAUGGUGAACGAUUGAAGACAGUUGAUACUACAGAAGACACAGAUUCAACACGAAAUCCGAUCGAUAAUAUCACCGCGGAAAAGGCUGCUACUAAAGCAAAACGAAAAUCUCGUUGUAUAGUUUCUAAAGAUUCUAAGAAAGAAAUGGAAGAUAUUGAAGCACCAGAGGACGGUGUAAAAUCUUCAAAGGACGAUUUACCUCCAACGUUAGGGGAUGCUGUAAAUUCAUCAAAGAAGCCAGAGGACCAGAAGCCCGUUGACGUUCCGGAGGUAUCCGUAAAAUCAAAAGAAACUCGGAAAUCACUUCGUGCUUCACUCAAUAAUAAAGUGCCUGGUAUUCAGCCUGAACCAGUAAUAAACCCUAUAUCAUCAUCAGAAAACUCGACACCAAGGAUGGAAGAGGAUAUGACAGAUGAUGCCAAAAAUAAUCGGCAUACUCGAAAUAAAUCUCCACAAAUAAAAGGUUCACCAACUAUUAAACAUUCUGAAAGUAUAGAAAGUCAAGUAAUUAAAGGUUCAGAUGCAUCAAGUAAAGCUGAAAGUUCGAUUAGACCAACUAGACAAAGGCAAUCUCGUUAUAGUACAGCUAAAUCUGAACCCAAAGCUCCCGCAGAUUCUAAAUCGAAAAAAGUGUCCGAACCUAGCAUAUCGACUGUUACUCAAGAUUUAGGUGAGGCGAAACCUGAUUCCUCAGAGAAAACAAGUGGAGACGUACAACUGAAUUCCUGUAAAGAACAAGAAGUGUGUAAGGAUUCCAAUCAAGCAAAAGAUUCGCCUAAAAGUAGGAAAAAACGACAAUCCCAAAGUCAGCCCAAACCUGACUUAAAUCCUGAUAAAUUACCGGCACAGAAUAGAGAUGAAAGUGUUCAAGCCCCAAAAGAACAGCUUUACCCGACUACAUCUAAAAAUUCAAGAGGAAAACGACAAUCGCGAUUAGGAGCACCUACAAAUACUCCAGCAACAAUGCUUGCCACAGCGUCAGAAGAUCCUGAGCCAGUUGAAGGAGAUUCUGUGGUGGUCCACAUCAAACAAAAGACGUCAACUCGAAGAGGAUCAGUCCCACGAGACACACCGAUAUCAUCAGUUAACGCUUCCGAUGAAAGUGUGGUUCUAGAAUCGGUUCCUAAGAAAGGCAGGAGGAGUAACAUCAGUAGCGUACCAGCUGACACCACAACACCAAAAUCAAGUAAAUCUGGGCCUUUGAAUGCUAGUGAAAUGAUCCCUCUCAUAUGUGAAGAACCAAAGGUACCCUCAAGAAGGGGAAGAAAGCGCGCUGCUCCUUCUGAUUUAGAACCUGGAUCAGCCAAAAAGUUGAAGACUGAGGAAAGUUCGGAAACCGAAAGAGUAGUUGACUUUAAUCUUCGUCUUCUGCUCAUAAGAAAGCGGGAUCAGUUGGACAACUUAACUGAAGUCUUAACUGAUGAUGGAAAAGGACAGGGUCCUCUGCAUUGUGGAUUGUGUCUGGCGCGGAGUGAUAAGAACAAUUGGCAACGCCAUAUAGGAGAGCAUUAUGGAGUUGGUUGGCUGAUGGGAGAAACACCCAAGAAUAUCACGCGUUCUGGCAUAAUGACAAUGAUGAAGAACUAUCUUCAGAAAAACGGAGGAAAACUAACUUGUCGCCUUUGUAAUCAGCAAUUGGGAUCGUACUUGGGAAUGAUGCUCCAUUUGGAGGGAUGUGGCAACAAGCAACGCUUCCAGUGCGAAUUUUGCCAGCGCUCCUAUACCAAACUCUCACUUCCGGUCCAUAUACGGACUUGCCCAAAGCGCAUAGCGCCCCAGGUCACUGCAGAUCCGGAAGAUGCGGAUGAAGAUGUUAAAGAAACCGUUUUUAGUAAUGCUGGUCGGGCCAAGAGGAAGUCUACUAUUAAAGCUGAAACCAAAUUAAAGAAAAUUGGAGAAGCCCUUACAACACAAAAGUCAGGAGAGGGAGCUUCCGCAAAGAACGACUUCGAUGGCGAUUCAUCCGACUAUGAUUUGACCAAGGACAAGGAGUCUUCUGAGGAGUAUGAUUCGGAAGGAGUGGAUUCCAAUGAGGACUCCAUAAGCAGCGAAGGUGAGGGCAGCCUUGGUGAUAAUUUCUCCACAUCUAAGCACUCGAAGGGAAACCGACGAGGAGACAUUGACAGGAAACGAAUUUGUAACCGACCAGUAAAUGUGGGAGAGUGUCAGCAGAAGCCUUUACUUUCACGUUAUCACCACUUGGAGGCUAGGGCCACCCAUAAAUGGAAUGAAUUCGUGCAACGCAAUUAUGAAGCUGGUAUUUUAUUCCCCCAACUGGUGCCCAGCUAUUCAAAGAUCCCUGAAAAGAACGCUGAUGGCUUGCUACCUCCCAAGAAUACACCAUCUAUGCGCUAUUCUUAUGGUAAAGUUAAAAACGAAGACGAUUGGAAACAAUUGGCACCUUUUGAGGGCUUUAACAAAGAAGGUGAAUAUGUAGGCUAUCUGGGCAGCUCAAUUAAGAAACUUGAAUGGGUCCCUCUACCACCGAAAGCUGCGAGUCAAUACCUGCUAUGUUCCGUGCGGUCAAAGAUGAAAACCUUUGCAAGACAUAACAAAUUAAAGGAUGAAGAUGGUCUAUUGAUGUUACUGAAGUGUACUGCCAAGAAUGCGGGCAAAUCUUGGACCCUGCGACCAGAACUUCAUUACGCAGUUCAUGUACCCAAUGGACCGAUUCAUAGCUUUUCAUUUUUGCCCAGUGGUGGCUAUGAUAAGUCAUCCAAUCGAUUAGGCGUAUUGGCUGUGGCGAAUUCGUUGAGUAGUGUUCACAUUUAUGCACUGCCAUUGGAGCUGGCGAAUGAUGAAAAUGAUGAAAAUGCCGACGAAAAGGUGGUCAUUCAACUAGAUUCAUUGAUAACGCUUACAUUGGAUAUUAACAAUCCUGUACAGAAUCAGUGCACUAAAAUUUGUUGGUCGCUGUCUUCGGGACACAGUUUUCUAGCUACAGGCUACAGCAGCGGUCACUUUGCCUUGUGGGACAUUGGCGAAAAGGACAAUUUGAAUUGCUUUACCAGAAAUAAUCAGACUCAUUUUGUGCCUGUUAAUUUUCUUUACAUAGGAGAGCGGAAUGUUCAAUAUAUGGAUCUUCAUUAUGACAAUAAUGGUCCACGCUGGCUUGCAGUUGGCACUUCCAUACGUCAGUUUAAAAUUUAUGAUAUUGCGAAUUGGUCGAACCCAUAUAUACUAACACAAGACACCAUUUCCAGUCUUUAUAUGGCUAAUUUAACCUGGUCACCUAUUUGUGAGGCCCUAGUGGUCAGUAGUUCACACUUUUUUCGUACCAUAGCAGUUAGUCCCUCGGGUAUACAAUUCGAGCACAGGACCCUUGAUGGAACUCUUACAACGACACGGGAAAUGCACACGAAUUGCCAGCAAAAUCACAUGGUGUUCGUAACCGACAAUGGCGACUUGGUCUUCCUGGAUGUAAGAAAUCUUAACUGUGGCCCUGCGCUGCUGAAGUCAACGGUCAACUCACGUGCGGUAUCCACCACCGAGUUGCACCACUUAGGCUCAUCUGCUCCCAAUGCAACGGAUCCCAUCGGUCCCGAUAAGUUCCUACGGGACUAUGGGUUGCAAAUUAAUCCGCUGGUCCCUGAGCCGCACAAACGCAAGUCCACAUAUCUGAGCGCAAAACGUAGACCGCAAAACAUACACUCCCUGGCAUUGACCAGAUUCAAUUGCGUUCGUUGCAAUUGGAAUUCACCCACCCACACUUGGGUGGCCAUGGGUGCAGAACAUGGCAUGUUGCGAAUCCUCAACUUCGAUCGAGAUAAAUUCUUCUAAAGGAUUUUUUGGAAACACAUUGGUAACUGAAAAUCUUCUGAACAAGCACCAUCUGAGAUUAUAACUUAUUGUUUUACCAUAUAAGCUAAUUAGUUUUAACACUCAUCUAGGGACAAUUAAAAUAAUAUGCAGAAAUUGAUUAACUGUAAUUUAUUUAUAGCUGUUGUAAAAAUAUAUAUAUUAUAUAUUUUAUAUGGGGUUACUGUAGUUUAUAGCAAAUAUAUUUACCUGCUUUGCAAGCAAAGAUUGCAAC